UGACUCUUUGUCCCGCUAAGGCCGAUGGAUGCAUCUCUGCUGCCUGCGCCAGCCAGUCCAGUCACUCCACCCAUCCGCCGGUUGCAGGAAGCGAUCGUUUGCUUGGUUUCCUCUACGACUCCAUCAGAGAGCGAGGAGCAGCUUACUUUGCUUAAGCCCACCGUGGUGCACAGCUUCAAGCCUUUUCGUAUCAAGCAUAUGGCAGCGGGCUCACACCACUCUUUGGCAUGUACCGAAGAUGGUCGGGUUCUGGCCUGGGGUGUUGACGCUGUUUUUGUGCCCGCCGGUAUAGAUAACUCGAUGGCUAUAUCAGAGGAUGAAGAACAUUUUGGUUGGGGAUUUUCGUCCGAGUAUAGCACCGGCUUGGGAACCGAAGACACGGUUGAGAAGCCUGCUGUUGCUAGGCGCGGUGAUACUACGGGGAAAAUGGUCUCCUUUGUCGGCUGUGGUGACGUGGACGUGGAUGAGGACGAGAACAACAAUGAAGACUAUGAAAACGUGGACCGCCUGAAGCGCCUGAACCGGGAAUAUGACGAAAGACCUCGUCGUCGACUUGUAAUUGAUGAUGAUGAUGUUGAAAUCAUCUCAGAUGACGAAGACAACGACGGCGGUCUCGAACAUAUUGACCUAACCGGGGACGAUGAGGAUGAUGAUCAAGGCGGCGAUGGCCAUGGGUUCUUCAGGAACCGGGGUCUUAAGCAGCACCAAACCCGCCUUGAAAGUUAUUAUCGCAAUGGCCUGAACAUUUCCCCAGGUGUUUUGGUGGAGCUACAUCAAAGGCUGCAGCCUUUCAACAUUGAAUUCCUCCAAGUCAAAAUGAUUUAUUCUCAGCCUGGAGACGGAGAGAGAAGAGUCCUUGUCCGCGGAAUUCCAUACGCCCGCAACCGCUCGUUGAGGGCUAUGUUGGAACCACACGGCAACGAAGUUUGCCAAAUCUUUGAGGUUGAUGACAACGAUCCCAGUCCGGCCCAUGAUCAAGCACUGGUCGAGAUCGAGUUUGCGGCCAUCAAGCGGGUUAGGCAGUUUGCUAUAACGAAUACCCCAUACCCAGAAAACUCGUGCGUCUUGACAGACUUUAAUAAUGACAAGGCCAAGGCUCAGCGCAUGGGCAGACUGAUUUGUCGGUGGAGGCAUACCAUAUACUACCGUGACGCUGGCAGGAGGUGCAAGGAGAAGGCGCACAGAUGGAGAUUAGAACAUCUCAGCGAGACUGCUUUGUCCACAGCCGGGCACAGCAAUCUCCACAUCAAAACUUCCGACUCGAACACAAUGAUGUACUGGCGAGGAGGAAGAACCAAAGGAGGUUCAUAUUUUCCAGGGAAUCGCCCGCCCACUAUUGACCUCUCAGACGAGGACGACCACGGCAACAGCAAGAAACGGGCCCGAGGCCAGAAAUACAUCUUUGGGGACAUGUUCUGCGGUGCCGGAGGUGCUUCUCAAGGCGCCAGGGCGGCAGGAUUCCGGUUGGGAUAUGCCGUCGAACACUGGAACCACGCAGCCGCAACGUACCGGCACAACUUCCCCGAGGUAAACCUUUUCGAAGGUGACAUCUUUGACUUUCUGCAGCGCAACGACCUCGAUUUCGUCGACAUUCUGCACCUGUCACCGCCAUGCCAAUAUUGGUCACCUGCAAAGACUCGCCCUGGUAAAAACGACGAGAUUAACAGGGCCGCCUUGUUUGCGUGCGGAGAUGUCGUUCAAAAACUGCGGCCCAGGCUCUUUACGUUGGAGCAGACCUUUGGCAUUCUGCGAGAGAUGCACAGGCCCUACUUCAACAAGCUCGUACAGUGGUUUACCACUCUACGGUACAGCGUCGAAUGGGGUAUCGUUCACCUACAGGACUGGGGUGUCCCUCAGCCGCGGAGGAGAUUGGUAAUGAUCGGGUCUUGCCCCGGUGAAGUGUUGCCAGCCCUCCCUCCCGCAUCUCAUGGCAAAGCCCCUGGCCUUCGGCCUUAUACCACUGUCAAUGACGUCCUUGCGAGCAUCCCGCACGGCGCGCAGCUGCACGACGUCCAAAGGGCCGAACGUCUGGGAGCCGCCGGGACACCGUGGAACGGAAACACGAUUCUUCGGGAAACCCUGUGUUGUGGUCGUGGCAAGACGUGUCACCCAAGCGGCCGGCGGCUUUUCACCGAGAGAGAGUUGGCCGGGCUUCAUGGCUUUCCGCACUUUUUCGAAUUCCAGGGGAGCAGCGUCAUCAAGCAGAUCGGAAACGCCUUCCCGCCUUCGGCUGUAGAACAUCUUUACAAACAUCUCCUCGACCAUCUCCAAAAGGUUGACUUUGUGGCUAUGAACCCGAGCUCACACCCUAGCCAUCAGACUCGGCCCAGCGGACAGAACCAACCUGUACGGCAGGAUGUCGCGUUGGCGGUGCGUCCUCGGAGGAGGAGGGACGACAUUGUCGUGAUUGAAGAUAGUGACAACGAGAGCACUUCCAGCUCUAUUGUCAUUUGUGGCAGGCAGGAAUCCCCUGUUGACAGCGACAACAUCACACCACAGCGUCGGUCUUUUGUGCUCCCGCAAUAUCCCGAGAGCAUGGUCGUCGAUGGGGAUGGAGACGACAACUUUGCAGACUCGGAUGGUGAUUCGGGCAGUGAUGUGACAAUGGAUGGCGAAGAGGCUCCAUUUGUUGAGUUUCUGGCUCGUCGCCAGGCUGAAUCUGGAUACCAAUGA